GUGACAUGUACCCGGAAGGACACGGCCAUCCUUCACCAUGCACUUUAUUCACAUUAUGCAACUAUAUCAGAUUUUCAGGUUUUUGUCCAAGACGCUUUUGUUUUUACCACCAUGCUUCCAGCAGCUGCAAUCUUUCGUUUCCCCUGGGAAGUAAACUCUGGAGAAGUGCAGGAAGGAGAGUCAGUGAGAGUAUUUGGCAGACUUGUCUGCUAUCAGCCUGAGGAGUCCAGGGCUACACUGUCAGCUCAGCAUGCUUCAAAAGAGCACCACGUGGUUGUCCACACCGUGUUUGUGGAGCCCUUCAACCCAAUAAUUGGGGCCCAGUACUUAGUUCUGGGUGAGGUAGAAAAUGCUCAGGGGGUUGGCGUGAUGGUCCGUGCCCGUGUGCUAAACUGUGUUGAUGGUGUAAACAUUGCUCUUCUACAGAAAGCCAUCAAUGAGCAAAGGAGCUUCUUUGGGGAGAGGGAGCGUACACCGAGUGAUGCUGCACAACCUGCACAUACAACGUGAUCAGGGUCUUCAUUCAUCAAGUUUCCCAGGGUGCUCAUUGAGUAUCAGGACUACCAGUGCUGCCAAGGUUCACUGGAGUGCUGUUGUGUGAAAAGUGUAAAAGACAUAGAUGUACUGACUAAAUGACUAUCAUGUCUACCUCUGAUCAUAACAGCUUUCGGCACUGUAUCAGUCCUGGGGUUGCUAUUUGAUAAUUACAGCCCCAAAUGAAUGGCUUGACAUUAGGGUUGCAUGUGUGUUCAACAAAGUAUUACUAGCAGAUGCUUUGGGCCAUGACAUGAAUAUGGUACAUUUUGUUAGCCAUGUUGAGCUGUCUGAUAACAAUAGGUUUUUCAAUGCUGCAAAUUUUAAUAGUGGGAGUUUCCAGUCUUAACAUCCUCGAUGUAACUUUGUGGUCUGAUAUCUUUCAAAUGCUUUAAAAUCGUUACAAUAGAUGUGUCAUGUAUGGGUCACGUAAUAUAGAUAAAAAAAAAAACCUGAAUGGAUAUAUUCCACUCACAUUAAAAUGGGGUUUCAAAAUUCAAACACUCCUAUCAAACACUUACUACUGAUCAGACAGCUGAAAAGAUAUUUAUUAGAUACAAUUUAGCAGCUAGGUGUAGCCUGGACUAUUAUAUAGGCAAGGACUUGCACUGAAGCUCCACUAGCAGAAUAAAAAUCUUACUGGUUCCCAACCUUUUAGCUUGUGAUCCUUCUUAAUGUGAACUAAGGCUUAAAUGAUUAGUUUAUUAAUCUGUUAGUCCAUUCACAAAGAACAAUUUUGAUAGUUGAUUGCUGUCAUGUUUCAUACAUAAAUGCCAUAUAUUUUUUUAAUUCCUGCUGGGCCAAUAGGAAGAUUGGCUGCUUUUCUGUCUUUUCCUUAAUGGCAUGGUUUUGGACUCUUGGUUAGACAAAUUCAACAAUAGGAGGAUGUCUGAUUAUUUGUAGUUUGGGAAAUUGUUAUGGCCAUUAUCUUCUGAAAUUUCGUAGACCAAUUAUUAGAUGACAAUAAAAACCACUGCAGCCCA